AAGGGCACAUCAGCAUGCUGUCUGUUUUCAACCGAAGACAUAUUGUAGAGAACCUCUAUGAAAACAGUGAAGACACUCAGUGUGGACAGACUUUCAGUUGGAUUUCAAAUCUUUGUAUGCUCAGAACUCCAGGGGAAGCACAUCCUUCUGAAUACCUUAAGUGUAAAAAAUCCUUGAUGGAUAAUUCUUCACAUAAACAGAUCACAUCUGACUCUACAUACAAUGCGUGUCAGUGUAAGGAAUAUGGAGAAGCCUGCAGUUCUCCCUCUUCUAUUGGCCCUCCUGUGAGAACUCCUAAUGGAGAAAAACCAUACGAAUGUAAUGAAUGUGGGAAAGCCUUUACUUGGCCAUCACAACUCAUUUCUCAUUUAAGAAUUCACAGUGGAGAUCGGCCUUAUGAAUGUAAGGAAUGUGGAAAAACGUUUCGUCAUUCCUCACAACUCACUCCACAUAUGAGAAUCCACAGUGGAGAGAAGCCUUAUGAAUGUAAGGAGUGUGGGAAAGCCUUUCGUCAUUCCUCACACCUCACAAAUCAUAUACGAACCCACAGUGGAGAGAGGUCUUAUGAAUGUAAAGAAUGUGGUAAAGCUUUUCGUAAUUCCUCACAACUCAUUAUACAUAUGAGGACCCACAGUGGAGAGAGGCCUUAUGAAUGUAAAGAAUGCGGGAAAACUUUUAGCUGGUCAUCACACCUCACUUCACAUUUAAGAACUCACAGUACAGAGAGGCCUUAUGAAUGUAAGGAAUGUGGAAAAGCGUUUCGUCAUUCCUCACACCUCAUCAUCCAUAUGAGGAUCCACAGUGGAGAAAGGCCAUAUGAAUGUAAGGAAUGUGGGAAAGCUUUUAGUCAGUCCUCAGACCUCACGAGACAUAUGAUAACUCACAGUCGAGAUAGGUCUUAUGAAUGUAAAGAAUGUGGGAAAGCCUUUCGUCAUUCCUCGCACCUCACUAUACAUAUGAAAAUUCACAGUGCAGACAGACCUCACGUAUGUAAGGAAUGUGGCAAACCCUUUUGUCACUCUUCACAUCUCACAAGUCAUAUGAAAAUCCACAGUGGAGUUAGGUCUUAUGAAUGUAAGGAGUGUGGGAAAGCCUUUCGUCAUUCUUCGUACCUUCUUAUACACAUGAGAACUCACAGUGGAGAGAGGCCUUAUGGAUGCAAGGAAUGUGGGAAAGCCUUUAGCCAGUCCUCACACCUCACUGAGCAUAUGAGAACGCACAGUGGUGAGAGGCCUUAUGAAUGUAAGGAAUGUGGCAAAGCCUUUCAUCAGUCCUCAAAUCUCACUAGACACGUGAGAACUCACAUUAGAGAUAAGUCUUAUAAAUGUAAGGAGUGUGGUAAAACUUUUCAUCAGUCCUCACACCUUAAUGCACACAUAAGAACUCACAGUUGAGAAAUGUGUGAAAGAAUGAAAUAAAAGAAUGUGGGAAAGCUUUUUGCCAUGUUCAGUACUUAAAACUAAAAACUAAACUCACUGCUUGGAGUCAGUUCCGACUCAGUGAUCCCAUAGGAGAGUAGAACCUCUCCUUAGGGGAGCAGAAAACCUUUCUCUUUCAUAGAGUGGCUAGUGGGUUGCAAAUGUUGAGUUUACAGUUGUCAGCACAACACAUAACCUAUUGUACUGCCAGUAUCUGAACAUAGAUACCCUCACAGUACCAGAGACCUUGAAUGAAAGGAAUGUGGGUAAGCUCUUAAUUAUUCCUUAUAACACACUGAAUAUUUGAAACAUCACCCUGGAGAUUAGCAAUUUGAUUAUGCAGA